UAAUCUGUUUACUUUGACUCGUGUAGCAAAUCGACAUUAAACCGAAAAAGGAAGUAAAUCGUCCGUCAUGUAAUUUUACAUGGAAAUUAAACAACCGUGUACAUUCUUUGGCUAUUUAAUUUGUCCAGAAGAGGAAGGUAUGUCACAAGAAGAAGGGAAAUUUACAGACAAUAGCAAGGACUUUGGACCAGAUGAUGAACAAGCACAGAAUGUAUCAAUGGAAUCUGCCGACAACACCAAAUUUCAAGGACAUUCUGAGAGCGACAUUGUGAAGUCACAGCAUAAGCAAAAGGAGCAUAGCAAAGAAGAUAGCAAGGAAAAAGACAAAAAAUCUGGGAAGAAAAAUAAAAACCAAAAAUACAGAUAUAAAGUAAAGUGUACAGUCCUUGAAGAGGAGAAAAAAAACCUUGAAGAACAAUUAGAAGCAGCUAGGAGAAUCAAACCAGAGCAAGAACCAUGUAAUUGCAUCACUAGACAAAAUGUUCUACCUGACGAAAAUGAUACACUAAAGAAGGAAACUGAAAAACUCAGCAAAGAAAUUUCAGAAUUGAAGACCGAUGUAUCUAAACUUAGCCAGGAGAAAGAGGAAUACGUGGAGAAGUUAAUAGCCAACGAACAAGAAGUAAAGAGUGUCCAGGAAGCGUACAAAUUAGAAAAAGAUCAAUUCGAAAAGCUGAUUCAGGAAAAGGAUAAGAAAAUACAAGGUCUUACUAGCGACAGCGUCAAAAAAGAUUCUAUGUUGAAGAAACAUGUAAUGAAUAUUGGAAAUUUAGAAAAUGACCUGAAGAAAUUACAACAAACGAACGCAGCCUUGCGCAACAUAAAUGUUAAUCAAUCAGAAGCGAUUACAGCCCUUAAUCAAGAGAAAGAAGCACUCAAUACGGAAAAGAAAAAUCUUCUGAUGAGUCAUUGUAGAUUGAGCAAAUGUGCAGGAGAUAAUUUGACAUACCAGAAUCCGAGCAUAGCCGAUCUCAGUGAUGAAAAAAGACCUACAAAGUUAGCCGAGGAAUUCUCGGAAUUAUACGAUAAUGAAUGGACAGAUGCCUUUGAGGAAGCAAACAUUGAGAAUGAACAAGGGAUAACAGCAUUUAUGUUACAAUUAUUAAAGCGGGCCAAUGAACUAUGCAACGAGGUAUCGGAAAAUCAUGCUGAAUCUAUCAAACAGAGUUUCUCUUCCAUAACUGUUAAAUCACACGUACCAAAGGGACAUUUAAAUGGUAGAAUGUCUCUCAACACACAGCCUAAUCCAGGAACAUCUUCAAAGACAGGUCCAGAUGUAGCUCAGGAAACCCUUUUGGAAGCUGUGAAAGAUUUAGGUAAACCGCAAAAUGGAUCUGAAAAUGAAGAAGCAGGCUCUAGUGAAUGGAAUGACAACACCCUGACAGAAACUGCUGGUAGAGGUGUUGAAAUCGUACAGGGACCAGCCUUGCCACAAAAUAUCAAACCAAAUGUUGAUCUUGCGCCCCGUUUUGUAGCUGACAUGGACGGAAAUAUUGUAGAAAUUAAAACCAACAAUAGGGAUAUAGACACUGCAAAUAAUACCGAAUCGCUAAAAGGAUCAGGCGAAAAUGAACGACGGGAAGAAAUAGUCACUUCCAAUGCACAGAGUCAGGAAAGAAACGACGAUGAAGAACCAAAGCGAAAGAGGAUGAAACUUGAAUCAGACUUCGAACUGCUCCGGAAGGAACAGAAGAAAACCAUUAUGGAAGCAAGGAAGUUUUUUGAAUUACAACUUUCAGAAGAAGUGGAAAGGGCCGGAAGUGACAUCAUUGUACAGGAACUAGGUAUUGAUCAGCAGAAACAAGGGACUGUUGUUUCGUAUAUUAAGAAGUGCAUGAACAUCUGCUGGUCAAUGUGCAGACAUGAACCACCCGUGUAUGUUGAAUUUAUAGAUGUGGGUGACAACAUUCCUUUCGAUACAAACAAAUACAAACCAUACACAAAAUCGGGGAAACUUCUGGAUUAUAUUGUAUGGCCGGCAGUUUAUCUUCAUAAGGAUGGGCCCAUGCUAGCAAAAGGAGUAGCUCAAGGAAAAGCAUAAGAACCGAAAAUGAAAAUAGUUGACACUGGCAAAACACGUAAUAAUUCGCUAUUAUGAUUUAACGCUCAUUCAUAUUAAUUUGAUGUUGUAAUCCUAUUGUCUCAAUAAGUUUGGAGUGCUCAGAUAUAUAACACCCUUUAAUCAAUAGCGGCAGUGAAACUAGAUUGACCGUGUGUUAUUUGAACGGACAUGACUUGAGUGGUUUACGUUCAUUUUAUGCAAAUACAUUGUACAUGUGUGCUUGAAGUUUACACAUAUUAUAUACAAGAAUUUGUUUGAUGUUAAAGACUUGCUUCAAAUUUACAUGUUUCAUAAUAAAACAUGUGCAUCUGUC